UAAUAAUCUUUUAAAAAUAUGGCAACACUGUGCAGUCUGAUAAACGCUUGCAUCAUCGCUUUCUCUUUCUAACGCUCGCUCAAGGGGCUGAAGUAGCUGCACAAAGCAGAAUAGCUAAGGGGAACAACAGAAGAAAAGAAAAUUCACAAAAUGCUGAUUAAUAUUUUCUUAAACAAUAAACAGUUAAUUGCCGUCAAGACAAACGGUUUAAAUUUUAAACAAAUAUGCACUCACAUCGAGGAAACAACAAAUUUACAAUCUGGAGAUUAUUAUCUCACGUGCAAUGGCAAACGUUUAAAUGAAGAUAUUGAUGGACAACAUGAGAUUGAGAACAUCCAUUGCAUCCUCCGCCAGGUGGGCGGUAAGGGUGGAUUCGGCUCUAUGCUGCGGGCCAUCGGCGCCCAAAUCGAGAAGACCACAAACCGAGAGGCUUGCCGCGAUUUAAGUGGACGUCGCUUACGCGACAUAAACGAAGAGAAACGUGUCCGGGCAUGGCUGGAAAAGCAAGGCGAGCGUGAACGGGAAGCAGAGGAGCGCAAGAAACGCAAAAUAGCGAAGUUGCUGGCGGUGCCCAAACACGAGUUUAAAGACGACGAAUACGAGGAGGCCAGAGCCAAAUUGGCCGAAAAGGUGAAUGAUGCAUUCGAGGAGGGCCUAAAGCAGGCCGAGGAAGCCAAGUUGACUGAAACAGUGGGUGCCGCUGCAACCAAAGAUGUUCCAGCUUCAUCCAGCACCAAUGUGACAAUUGGUUCCAAACGAAAAGGUGACGCCGGCAGCAAAGCAACAGCCGCAAAAAAGAACAAGGGCGCGCUUUGGAUUGAUGAUGCAAUUUGCGGCAGCGAUUCCGACACCGACGACAGCGAAGUGGAAGCUGAUACAAAGAGGGCGGUUAAAUGUUAAGGAAUUUAUUUGUAAUUCUAAGCAGUAAUUUGUAUAAUAUAAUUAAAAUUAUGACAAAAUCCACAAUUUUAUUGCGUGACGAACUGGGAUGAGACCCAGGCCA